CUCUGGGCCACAGAGGCCGUGAUGAGUCUACUAUGGCUACUAGUGGAAGGUGGAAUCCUGGCUGGGAGGGGGUGUUGAUGGUUGGGCACCAGCAGCAGACCAGAGGUAGGGCCAGGGGUGAAGGGCUGCCAGCAAGACGCAAGUAGGUGAAGAGCAGCAGUCUUGAAAGAAAGGAAGUCUCCCACCCUAAGCCUGGAGUCUGGCUGGCAGAUGGCUAGACUGGAAAAGCAGCUGCAGGCAGAGGGUAGGUGAGUGGACAUUAGGGUUGGGGAGAAAUGUGAUUCAGUUCACUUUCAAAGGUGAACCUACCUAAUUUGCACUUUCUGAAACAACAUCUGAAUGGAAACACAGCCAUCCUUUGAAAUUCGCACUCCUCUGAAUUUUGUAAUGCAGUUCUCCAUUUGAGUGAUGCGUACCAAAAUGCAUAUACUAGGGGCAAAGUGUGCACAGAAAAGCACAGAUUAGUGAAAAGAACAUGCAAAACUCCAGUGUAGUAAGUUGCAUUGCAAAAAAUGUGUAUAUUAAGCAAUUUUGCAUAUAAAAAUAUAUGUUAGGAGAAAUUCAUGCUAAAAUUCUGAUGAAUUUUCACGCGGACUUUUUUUUUUUUUAACGAAUCACAUACUGAUGUGUAAAUGUGGACAGCUGAAUUUAGGACUGGAAAAAUGAGGAAGAGAGAGAAGUUACAAUGGACAGAUGUGUCCAUCCCUCGUGGGGAUGUGGAUCAGUGCUCAGAUUAACAGUCCUCUUGUCAUUUUGGUGACGCCCUCUUUAGCUACUGUCAUUAGAAAGCUCCAAGGGAUGAUGGUUUGGUUAAAUAUGAAGGGGAGGGGGCUUGUAGAUUUCAUGAAACACCCUCUUUAUUCUCCCCGUCCCCUGCUGUGUUGACCUGUUUCAUUAGGCUGCUGACUCUAUGGAGUUUUUAUAAACACAUUGUUUUAAUGCGUUACUAAUUUAUUGUGAUUUUAGUAUUUUAUCAAAGGCCAACCUGGUAAUGUAGUUGAAGGAUGAGAUGUAAAUAUAUGAAUAAUAAUGUUGAUCACCACCACAGCAUCGAGUUGGAUUGUUACCUUGGUACUUGUGUGCGUGCGUGCGUGCGUCCGUCCGUCCGUCCGUGCGUGCGUGCGUCCAUCCGUCCGUCCGUGCGUGCGUGCGUCCGUCCGUGCGUGCGUGCGUCCGUGCGUGCGUGCGUGCGUCCGUCCGUCCGUCCGUCCGUGCGUGCGUCCGUCCGUCCGUCCGUGCGUGCGUGCGUCCGUCCGUCCGUGCGUGCGUGCGUCCGUGCGUGUGUGUGUGCGUGUGGUGUCAUUCCCAGAGGCCUUCUGGGUGUGUGUGUGUGAAUGAUUGCCUUCCCCAUUAGUCACAAUGGGGAAAGCCAUCUCCCUCCUUCCCCCAUCAAAGAAUGUCACAGGAAAUGACAACCCAUCUUGUUGUGUCACUCCUGGAGGGCAUUCCAUGCAGGAAUGAGGUUGGAUCAGCAGUCAGACUUUUUUGUUGUUUAAAAAAACUAACAAAGGAAAACCCUUGGCCGACUCAUCUUUAACCUUAAGAUAAGACAAACAUUUUUAGCAAUUGCCCUCCCGCCCCCCGAUUAUUGCAAAGGAGGGCAUUUUCACGCUACCUCAACCUCCUCAAUCCUAUGAAAUUUAUUGGGGCCAAAACGUUGGCCUAGCACCCAUUAAUUGCCCCCUCUCUUUUUCUCAUGAGAGCCAGUGUGGUGUAGUGAUUAGAGUGUUGGACUACGACCUGGGAGACCAGGGUUCAAAUCCCCACACAGCCAUGAAGCUCACUGGGUGACCUUGGGCCAGUCACUGCCUCUCAGCCUUAGAGGGAGGCAAUGGCAAACCACCUCUGAAUAUUGCUUACCAUGAAAACCCUAUUCAUAGGGUCACCAUAAGUCAGGAUCGACUUGAAGGCAGUCCAUUUCCAUUUUCUUCUUCCCAGGAGCUGUUAAGGCUAUAACCCAGAGCCCACAGCUCCCCCUUGUGGUGAGCUUCCAGAGCUACUUAUUGAACUCAGAGCAUCACCCUAAGUGGUAAAGGAUCCUCAGAUUUUGAAGGGGGUUAUUUAUUUAUUUAUUUAUUAACUUUAUUUAUACCCCGCCGUUUUUCCAAAUUGGAACUCACGGCGGCUUCCAGAUAAAAAACAGAUACAAUUAAACCCUACCAAAGUUAAAAGCAUAUAAUACAUAAGUAAAUAAAUAUAGACAGAUAUAAUUAAAAAAUGAACUCUAAUUUAAAAUAGCAUUAAACUGUUUCUGAUAAUUAAAAACUAUACUCAUAAAAUCAGAAUAAUUUGAUUAUGGACGAGGCAGCCGAUCUGGCAUGUAUAACCGAGACCUGGGUGGUUGAGCAGGGAGGAGUUAGUCUCUCCCAGCUCUGCCCACCGGGGUAUUUGGUUCAGCAUCAUGGUAGAUCUGAGGGUCGGGGAGGUGGGGUUGCUGUGGUCUAUAAGAGUUCCAUCUCACUCACCAAGCACCAUGUCCAUGCAAUUACUGGUCUGGAGUGUUUGCACCUUGUGUUGGGCCAGAGGGACAGACUGGGAAUCCUUUUGGUGUACCGCCCACCUUGCUGCCCAAUGGCUUCCCUAACUGAGCUGACGGAAGUGGUCUCGGAGGUAUUGUUGAGAUCCCCCAGACUAUUAGUACUUGGGGAUGUCAACAUCUAUGCCAAGGCUACUUUGUCUGGGGCAGCUCAGGACUUCAUGGACGCCAUGACAACCAUGGGGCUGUCUCAACGUGUUAGUGGCCCAACACAUACAUCGGGGCAUACUCUCGACCUUGUUUUUACUACUGGACAUGGGGAUAGUGAUCUGGAUGUGGGGAGUCUUACAUCUCUCCCUUUGUCAUGGUCAGAUCACUGCUUGCUGAAGUUUAGACUUUCAGUGGCCUUCUCCCUCUGCAAGGGUGGGGGACCUAUUAAAAUGGUCUGCCCCCGGAGACUAAUGAAUCCUAAUGGUUUUCAAAGGGCUCUGGGGGAUUUUCCGGCUGAUAGGACUGGCGCUCCUGUCGAAGCCCUGGCUAAUCUGUGGAAUGCAGAGAUGACCCGGGCAGUGGACACAAUCGCUCCUGUGCGCCCUCUCCUUUGUAGAGCUCAUACAGCUCCUUGGUAUACUCCGGAGCUAAGAGCGAUGAAGCAAGAUAGGAGACGGCUUGAGCGGAGUUGGAGACGAACUCCCGACAAAUGCAAUUAUGCGCUGGUUUGUGCUUCUACCAAGCUGUAUGUAGGAGCGGUGAGGGCAGCGAAGAAACAACAUUUCACCGCCACUAUUAAGUCAUCUCUCUCCCGCCCAGCGGAGCUUUUUAGAGUCGUCCGAGGGCUACUCCAUCCAGGUCCACAGGACAUGGCAGAUACAUUGGUGGCCCGCUGUAAUGAGUUUGCUGAGCACUUCCAGCAUAAGAUCUUAUGCAUUCGCCGGGACCUAGAUUCCCAUUUUAUGACAGUUAGUCCUAAUGAGGUGUCUGGAGCACAGUCUAGUCAUGUUUUGUUGGAUGAGUUUCAGUCGGUUCAGUUCGAGGACGUGGACAAGGUGCUUGGACAGGUACGUGCAACCACUUCGGUACUGGAUCCUUGCCCCUCCUGGCUUAUAAAAACUAGCAAGGAGGGAACAGCUGGCUGGGCCAAGGAAGUGAUAAAUGCCUCCUUGCAAGAGGGAGUGGUCCCUGGCUGUCUGAAAGAAGCGGCGGUGAGACCACUUCUGAAAAAACCUUCCUUGGACCCAGAGGACUUCAACAGCUAUAGACCAGUGGCGAAUGUUCCAUUCUUGGGCAAGAUCUUGGAACGAGUGGUUGCUGACCAGCUCCAGGCGCUAUUGGAUGAAACCGAUUAUCUAGAUCCAUUUCAGUUGGGUUUCAGACCCGGUUUUGGCACUGAGACGGCCUUGGUCGCCCUGUUUGAUGACCUAUGUCAGGAGAGAGACAGAGGGAGUGUAACUCUGUUGAUUCUCCUUGACCUCUCAGCGGCUUUUGAUGCCAUCGACCAUGGUAUCCUUCUGGAGAGGCUUGCGGAGUUGGGAGUUGGAGGCACUGCUUGGCAGUGGUUCCACUCCUACUUGGCGGGCUGUCUCCAGAAGAUAAUACUUGGGGAACAUUGCUCGACUCCGUGGGUUCUCCAAUAUGGGGUCCCGCAGGGUUCGGUUCUGUCUCCCAUGCUUUUUAACAUCUAUAUGAAGCCGUUGGGUGCGGUCAUCCGGAGUUUUGGAGUGCAUUGUCAUCAGUAUGCUGAUGACACGCAGCUCUACUUCUCCUUUUCAUCUUCUUCAGGUGAGGCGGUCGAUGUGCUGAACAGUUGCCUGGACGCGACAAUGGACUGGAUGAGAACGAACAAGCUGAGACUCAAUCCUGAUAAGACUGAGAUGCUGCUGGUGGAUGGUUUCUCUGGUCAGACGGUGGAUACGUACCCUGUCCUGGACGGGGUUACACUCCCCCUAAAGGAGCAGCUGCCCCUUUUGCUGCUGGCCCGUCUCCUGGAAAUCUAACUAACUGACUAACCAACCUCAGCUCCUUUUGAGA